AACUAGUGGAAGCCAGAAUAUCACCUCAAUCAGCAUUGAGCCCGAUGUAAGGUCGAGGUAACCCUACUGACGCAUAUGCUGUUUUGUUCUCCAAAACUGGAAACGGAAAAUAAGUACUUGCACGUGACUUCUAUACAGAAACAUUUAGUCGGGUUCGGAAGCUGUCUCGGUUCACCACGGCGGCGCUUUAUCAGAACCACGAUUUUACAGUUUGCUGACUACCUGUAUUUACAACACAAUUACUGGAUUUUAUUAGCUAAUUUGGUUACAUCCACUGACUGAAAAAAGCGACUGUUUACAAGAUUGCAAGCCAGCGACCGACAUAGCUAUCCAGAUGCCGAGUCGAGUUCGCAACUUGAAACGGCGAAAGGGGAUGUGCGCUGUUUCCUCAAGCAGGGUCCAUCUCGAGGUAAAGAGUUCAGAUAAGUACUCGUUACAUUUUGAAUGCUUAGCAGGACAGAAAAUGGUCCAAUUCAGUUUCCAAGAGAACAUCCCUACUGCUUAUGAUCUGGCGGACUCACUAAACACAUACUUUAGUUCAGGGAAGAGGAGGCAUGUUAAAAAAAUGAAAAUUGAAGACUCAAAAACAGAAAUGCCCCUGAAUGACUGGAUGGUUGGUGGUUGUAGGGAGUCAACAACCAUUUCUGAGAGGCUCAGCUGCGAUGGUUGCGAGAGGCAUGAAAAGACAAGUUGUGGAGCACCACCAGACCUGGAGGAAUUGUGGGAGGGUAAAGAGAACGGUGUGCGAUUGGAGUUGAAUUACUGUCGAACAAACGGGUUGCCAGAGAAGACGGAGGAUGACGAAACAGAAGAGGGUGUUGUGAUUGACAAGAGCGUCUUCCUUGAUGAUGACAGUAACCAGGUUCUUCCUGUGGAAAAGUUCUUCGGAAACAUGGAAGUUGUGCAGGAUUGUCCACGGAGAUCUACGGCCACUUCGACCUUCAGCAGGAGGGAGCACAGGAGACGACAGUACUAUGCCAAAGAGGACAGUGAUGAAGAGGGCCACACAGAAAUGCAGCAAGAUUAAAUAGUUGGCACUUAAUUUACAGAAAUAACUUAUUCCUAUCAAUAGGAUGGAAUAAAACUUGUCCUUAAACGGCCUUAACAAGCCUAACGUCACAGUUGAGCCUGAAAGUGGAUUCGUUCAACAGAACCAGGGUAUCAAGUUAAUGUUUUGCCAGCAUAUACCCUAAAGUUAUACAUCUUUGUAUUAAUAUUUGCACUAACAAAACUUCGCUUUUCAAUUAUCUACACUGUAUAUUGUUUAAAUGGUACAGGUUAAGUGCUCAGAUUGUUCUAUUUAUAUUGUAUCUUUUACAAUAUUGUUACUGAAUGCCUUAUGUAUGCACAAUAUUUGUAGUCAUAGUUGCAUUGCCAAUACAAUAACUUAAAUGUUCAA